GCGUCACCUGUUAUUUCUAGAAGAACUCCGACAUCCCUCGAAGUGUACAUCGAGGAUGUAACAAAUCGCGCAAUAUGGCUGCCCUUGUGAGAAGAAAGCUUCCAAAACUUUUAAAUUCGAGCAUAUUUCGCCGAGGCCUUAUUUCAACCACAUCUCGAUCGAGAGUUAUUCUCAGACAACCUGUGCAGUAUGAUAAUCAGAAGCAUCUACCGGGUGCCUUGAUUCAAUCAAAGUAUUUGCAUCAAAGUCAGCCUUUAAACGGAAAAGUUGUCCAGUUUAAUCUGUCAGACAUUGGAGAGGGAAUCAGAGAAGUCACAGUGAAAGAGUGGUUCGUGAAUGUUGGUGAUAGGGUAAACCAGUUUGAUAGCAUCUGUGAGGUACAGAGUGACAAGGCAUCGGUGACGAUCACGAGCCGCUUCGAUGGUGUCAUCAAGACGCUACACUAUGCAGUUGAUGAUAUCGCCCUCGUUGGGAAACCUCUGGUUGAUAUCGAGACUGAUGCUGAGUCAGCUGAUGAUGCUAAAGCGAAGGUCGACCAUGAUGCAGAGACUUCUGGAAUGCAGCAUUCAAUGCACGAGGUCAAGGGCAAAAAGGUGUUGGCCACGCCAGCUGUACGACGCCUGGCAAGGGAACACAAGAUCAAUUUGGCCGAUAUAACACAUACAGGAAGGGAUGGACGAAUUCUGAAAGAGGACAUCCUCAAGUUCAUAUCUGAUGGACCAACAGCUGUUGCCCCAGCACCCACAACAACGCCCUCAAUUGCAGCUCCAGCAAGACCGUCUUCUACCCCAGCUCCUGCUCCACCUAUAACCGCUCCUGUCGCUAGACCAGCCGCAGUUAUUUUAAGCGAGGAUAAAAUGGUUCCAGUAAGAGGUAUCAAAAAGGCUAUGGUGAAGACGAUGACAUUAGCACAGACAAUUCCACACUUUGGUUACUGUGAUGAAGUAGAUAUGACCGCUCUUGUACAUCUUCGGAGCGAUGUGAAGACCAUUGCCGCUGAAAGGGGUAUACGCUUGUCUUACAUGCCAAUAAUAUUGAAGGCUGCUUCUAUGGCCCUUCACCAGUUUCCAGAACUAAAUGCACACACUGAUGAAAAUUGUGACAAUGUGAUUUAUAAGGCUUCUCAUAACAUAGGCUUAGCUAUGGACACGCCUGAUGGCCUACUGGUACCAAACGUAAAGAACAUGCAGUGUCUAAAUAUACUGGAAAUAGGUGCAGAAAUAAAUCGUCUGCAGGCUCUAGGAACUGCUGGCAAGUUAGGGCAGAGUGAUAUAACAGGAGGGACAUUCUCAUUAUCUAAUAUAGGCUCGAUUGGUGGAACAUAUGCCAAACCUAUCAUAUUGCCACCAGAAGUUGCAAUAGGUGCUAUAGGGAAAAUACAGGCAUUACCAAGGUUCGGCUCAAAUGGUGAAGUCAUCAAGGCCCAUAUAAUGCAAGUUAGUUGGUCAGCCGAUCACCGUGUAAUAGAUGGCGCCACGAUGGCUCGUUUCUCAAAUCUUUGGAAGUCUUAUCUAGAAAACCCCUCAUCAAUGAUCCUGGAUUUGAAAUGAUGGACACAAUAUGAAAAGGCGCUUUCUAGGUUUAACUGGUGUUGCGUGCUAAACUAACUGACUUAUGUGUGAGUUUCAAUGGAUGACGGCUUGGUUUUCUUCAUCAGAGAUGCCUGUUUCUUUUAGGCGGCUACCGGUCAUGAUGUAAUGUGGGUGUAAUUUGGUAAUGGCAGUCAUACAAUCAUGUAUUAUAGUCGUGGUCUGUGGCCACUGGCCGUAAUCCGCCAGAGUGAAACCACAGGACUUCUAGGAGAAGAGAUAACAGUUUCUAGUGUUUUUAGUCUGAAUCUGCAGAGCAUUUCUAGAAAGUACACAAUAAAUGGCUGGCGUUGUACUUUAAUUUCUCUGUUUAGGCCACUUGUAAGUUUUCGAAGCAUCCUGCUUGAUAUAGGCCAUAUACGUGUUAGUUUUCAAAGCAUCCUGCUAGAUAUCAUCUCCGAAUCAGUUAUGCAUUGCAACGCUAGUAGGAUGUAUUGGUUGAUGUCUUCAUACAAGUGUCCAACAUAUACCAGUAUGUACUGGUAGUAGGCAACUGAAUGAGUUCUUCUGAUUAACUCAGGGGGGGGGUAUUUGAAAAAUUUGCUGUCAAGAGUUUGAAAAACGUGGCAAGAACUACAGGUGACACUAGCUGAUCAUGUAUUCGUGGUUCAGAGUUCAUGAUUUUAGAGUUCGAUACAAGCAAGAAUUCAUAAAGACUACAAGUAAUCUCCAGGGCUCGAAUUUUGCUGCCGUGGUGUCCUCGUCUGCAUUUCCUGGUACCCAUGGCCAAAAUGCCUUGUAAAUUGUUGCCAAAAUAAUUCAUCAUGAAUUAGAGAUAUGAUUCUCCUACAGCUGAAUGAUCUUGUUGCAUACAAGGUCAAACAAGGUAUCUCCACAUUUCUAUGAUAGGUAAUAUUAUGUUCUAGAGACCAAGGUAUAUCCACAGUUCUAUGAUACAUGUAGUUACUAUCAUGUUCUAGAGAUCAAGGUACAUGUAUCUCCACAGUUCCAUGAUAGAUACUACAUGUACAUGUAUUACAUGUACUGGAGACCAAGGUGUCUCCACAGUUCUAUGAUACAUGUAGUUACUAUCAUGUUCUAGAGACCGAGGUACAUGUAUCUUCACAGUUCCAUGAUAGAUACUACAUGUAUUAUGUACUGGAGACCAAGGUGUCUCCACAGUUCUAUGAUACAUGUAGUUACUAUCAUGUUCUAGAGACCGAGGUACAUGUAUCUCCACAGUUCCAUGAUAGACACUAUUAUGUUCUAGAGACCGAGGUGUCGCCACAGUUGAGGAACAAGGUGAAAUCUACUGUAUCUGUUUCUGGAAAAUAGUCAAAUGCAUUAUGGCAGCUAAAAGAUCCACAAUUGUCUUAAGUUUCCGAGGUAAGAUGUCUUGACUGGGACCAAAGGUCUCAUCUGAAACAUGGCUGUGCAAAGACAAGUACAUCACUCUUGAUGAUCAACGCCAACGUACAUGUAUUACUAAAAACUUCUUGAGUUUGUUUCAUCGGAGCGCUCGGCUUCAGCCUUACUCAGGAAAGUAUACAUGUUUCUGACCCAGUAGCUUUAACUAUUCCAUUGGAUUCCAUAAGAAUACAUGGAAGAAUACUGGAAUACAUGGUGAUUGGUUGUGUUGAGAUUCUAUGGUAGUAUAUGUACUGGCAUUGUUACAAGGAGUAUGGUUUUAAAAUCAUGCUAAUAAACAACAUAUCUCAAA